CCUCCAUGUCUGUCUCUGUCCCAGUGUUGCCAUUCCGACGCACAUCCCUCACAGAGGAGCAACAGCUACACUAUCGGAGUUGGUCUGAGCGGACUUCUCUGGUUCCUCUGCGGGCGGACGACACCUCUCAGCCGGCUACCCGACGCUCUUCCCCACCCCCUUGGAGGGCAGCAGCCCCGGAGAUGCGCCCCUGGACGGAGGCUCGGUGUGGGUAAAGUCACAUAAAGAGAAGAAUGAGACUGAGAUCGGACGCAGUGUAGCGCUUCCUCCUGCAAGCAUCGCGUUCUCUCAGAACUCCGGAGGAAUAAAAAAAAAAAAACACUAAAAAAAAAAAAAACAGGGGGGAGCUGAGUGAAUGCAGCCGCGGCUCCGUGUGCAGGAUUUGGGCUGAGCGGGGCGGUGAGAGCCCUGAUCACAACUAAAGACAUGAGAACCGGGAGAGGAACCAAAAGCUCGGCUGUCUGAGUCUCCAUCCAUCCGAAGGGGGUCCAGUCUGCACACCUCUAUUCAUGUUGCAAAAGCCUGUUUUAUGACAAUGGAUUACUUGCUGUGGGUGUGCAGCCUCGUUGUCCCCGUGGUCCUGGCUGUGGAAGAAACCCUUAUGGACAGUCGGUGGGCUACCACAGAGCUGGCAUGGACCACGUUCCCAGAGAGUGGGUGGGAGGAGGUUAGCGGCUACGACGACUCCAUGAGCCCUAUCAGAACCUACCAGGUGUGUAAUGUCAAACAGCCCAACCAGAACAACUGGCUGAGGACAGACUUUAUCCCACGUAAAGGCGUGCUGCGCGUCUACGUGGAGCUCAAGUUCUCGGUCCGCGACUGCGCCAGCAUCCCCAACAUCCCCGGCUCCUGCAAAGAGACCUUCAAUCUGUUUUACUACGAGUCCGAGGGGGACAUGGCUACAGACACCAGCCCUCUGUGGAGGGAGAACCCCUACGUGAAGGUGGAUACUAUAGCUCCAGAUGAGAGUUUCUCUCUGAGGGAGGCGGGUAGAAUCAACACCAAAGUGCGCAGCUUUGGCCCCCUCUCCAAGGCGGGCUUCUACUUGGCCUUCCAGGACCUGGGAGCCUGCAUGUCCCUCAUCUCCGUCAGGGUUUUCUUCAAGAAGUGCUCCACCACCAUCGCUAAUUUCGCCGUCUUCCCUGAGACCGCCACGGGAGCAGAAGCCACCUCCUUAGUGAUCGCUCCGGGGGCCUGUGUGACCAACGCCAUGGAGGUGUCCGUCCCCCUGAAACUCUACUGCAACGGGGACGGCGAGUGGAUGGUUCCCGUGGGCUCGUGCACCUGCGUGGCUGGAUUUGAACCUUCUGCAGACAGCACUCAGUGCCAGGCCUGCAUCCCUGGGACCUUCAAAUCCAAAUUCGGGGAGGGAUCGUGCGCUCCCUGCCCGUCCAACAGUCGCACCAGUGCACGAGGAGCCAAUAUUUGUCCCUGCCAGAAUGGUUUCUACAGAGCUGACAGCGACCCCCCUGACUCUCCCUGCACCACGAUCCCCUCAGCGCCUCGCAACGUUAUAUCCAGCGUCAACGAGACCUCGCUGUCCUUGGAGUGGGAGGAGCCCGAGGACACGGGUGGGCGGAGCGACCUCGUCUACAACGUGGUGUGCAAGAAGUGCCUGCGAGACCGGAGCCCGUGCACGCGCUGCGACGACAACGUGGACAUCGCCCCUCGCCGGCUGGGGCUGCGGCAGAGGAAGGUGGUGGUGAGGAACCUGCAGGCCCACACCCGCUACAGCUUCGAGGUGCAGGCCGUCAACGGGGUCUCCGGGAAGAACCCCACCUCGCCCAGCUACUCCACAGUCAACAUCACCACCAACCAGGCCGCACCUUCAGCGGUCCCUACAGUCCAUCUGAUGCGCUCCACCUCGGACACCCUCAGCCUGUCGUGGCUUCCCCCCGAAAAACCCAACGGAGUCAUCCUGGACUAUGAGAUUAAAUACCACGAAAGAGGCCAGGCGAUGUCUCACACUGUCACAUCCCAGCACAGCUCGGCUAAAGUGGAAGGUCUGAGGGCCGCCACACCGUACGUGGUGCAGGUCAGAGCUCGAACCGUCGCUGGGUAUGGACGCUACAGCAACCCCAUGGACUUCAGCACCAGCCUCCACAGUGACCCUCAGAAGUCGGUGCAGGACCAGCUGCCUCUCAUCAUCGGCUCGGCGUCCGCAGGUCUGGUGGUCAUUGUUGCCUUGGUGGUUAUCGCUGUUGUCUGCCUUAAGAAGCAGCGCAGCGGGUCAGAGCUAGAGUACACCGAGAAACUGCAGCAAUACAUUUCUCCAGGGGUCAAAGUGUACAUCGACCCUUUCACCUACGAGGAUCCCAACGACGCCAUCCAUGAGUUCGCCAAAGAGAUAGACAUCUCCUGUGUGAAAAUAGAAGAAGUCAUCGGAGCAGGUGAGUUUGGCGAGGUUUGCCGCGGCCGUCUCAAGCAGCCCGGUCGCAGAGAAAUGGUGGUGGCGAUAAAAACGCUGAAGGCCGGCUACACCGAGCGCCAGAGGAGGGACUUCCUGGCCGAGGCCUCGAUCAUGGGCCAGUUCGACCAUCCCAACGUGAUCCGGCUGGAGGGCGUCCUGACCCGGAGCUGCCCCGUCCUCAUCAUCACCGAGUUCAUGGAGAACGGAGCGCUGGAUUCCUUCCUCAGGCUGAACGACGGCCGCUUCACGAUGACGCAGCUGGUCGGGAUGCUGCGCGGCAUCGCUGCGGGGAUGAAGUACCUGUCAGACAUGAACUAUGUGCACCGAGACCUCGCCGCCCGGAAUAUCCUGGUCAACAGCAACUUGGUCUGCAAGGUCUCUGACUUCGGCCUGUCACGCUUUCUGGACGACACAUCCGCUGACCCGACUUACACGAGCUCCCUGGGAGGGAAGAUUCCCAUUCGGUGGACGGCACCGGAGGCCAUUGCCUUCAGGAAGUUCACGUCUGCCAGUGACGUGUGGAGUUACGGCAUCGUCAUGUGGGAGGUGGUGUCCUACGGAGAGAGGCCAUACUGGGACAUGAGCAACCAAGACGUGAUGACGGCAGUAGAGCAGGACUACCGGCUGCCUCCACCCAUGGACUGUCCCAUGGUGCUGCACCAGCUGAUGCUAGAGUGCUGGAUGAAAGAAAGAAACCUGAGGCCCAAAUUCUCCCGUAUCGUCAGCACCUUGGACAAGCUGCUCCGUAACGCUGCCAGCCUCAAGGUGGUGACCAGCACCUACUCAGGGGACCUGCUGCGGCUGGGAGGAACGCUGCCCGGACACAACAGGAAGAGUCCGGACAACAGUCAGGAAAUCAUUCGGCAACAGAUGAGCCAAACUCUCCCCAUCAGAGUGUGAGCCGCCGCGCACUGGAGGAUACAGAGCGAAUGAAAAAAACUACCUAGAAACUCUGACCAGGAGAGCCCGAUGUAAAAUAAAAAGAAGAAAAAUAAAAAGAUGGAAGCUCCGGCUGCGCAGCGAAAGAGGACCGUUUUGGAGAUUUCUUUCCCACUGGAGAUUUAAUGUCUGUUUAAAGAGAACUUUCCAUUGCAGUGUGUGUGUUCAUUACUUGACACUUGUGGAUUUGUGACUAUUGACAUAAAGCCAAACUUCUUCUUGCUCCCUCUCAGGUUGUGUUUGCAUGUCUGCAUGUGUUUUCUGCUGGUUGGGAAUCGGUCUUUUCCUUCUCUUCACCCUCACACAGAGGACGGGCGAGCUCACAGAGGCGACCAGGUGAUGCAACAGUGCCAAGAUAAAGCAGACAUUUGCUGAGAAACUAACUCCAAGACAGCUUGACCUCUUUAGACCAUCAAUCAAUCGUUUCUUUUUCAUUAUUUUUCUUUUUCCAACCCAACCAAAUAUAGUUUUAUCCUCCUCUUUUAUUUUCUUUUUUGGAAACAAGAAAAAAAAAACACUUUUCAUCCACUUCCUCUUAAAUACUGUCUUCCACAUGUACUGGGAGAUUUACGUGUUACGAAUCUGUACAAAGCAUCCGAGUCUUCACACCGUCUCUCUGCCAGAGGGGAGAUGUAACUGACACUGUGCGGGACACAUCAUGUGCAUGCCAAAGUGGAAACGUUUGUUCGUAAGAGAAGUACAAAUAGGUUCCACAUUAACUGUUGCUUUGGUGGCAUUUCGCUGUAUGGGCUUUAACGUCCAUGUUUUCUUAAUCUUAUUUGAUUCAUAUACGCAUUGUUUUGAAUGCUAAGUUAUUAUCUAUUCCUGCAAAGAGGUGGUUUUUUUGUGUUUUUUUACGAGUACCUGGGCUUAACUUUUUUAUUACGAUGCUUGUUUUUUCACACAUUGACAAACCAGACAGACAUGAAUGAGUGGAUUAAGGUGGAAUAGCUCUGCUCAGACAGACUAAUUACCUUUAAAAACACUGUACGAUCGCUGUUAGGCCUUUCAAUCUGUUUUUUUGUUUUGUUUUUUAAAUGAAAAGCGCCCGUGGUAGUGCUGUGUUGUACUUUUUUUUUUAAUCCUUUUGGCAAACGUGUUGCAGAUCAGUGGGAUUUUGAAAGGUCACUAUCCAGAUGAUAGUGUCAUGACCUUAAUAUUGACCUGACCUACAAACAUCCAUGUAGAGCAAAUCACUUGGUUCACUUUUCCUCACGUGUGUUUUCUUCAGCACGCCAGCUGUCAGUGCAGUUUCCUAUUUAAAACAACUGCCUGUAUAUAAUACUAUAUUUGUAUUAGACCAAUCCGCUCAGCAUUUAAAACUAUCAGACCCGACUUUGGCCUCUCUAUGACCCUCGUUUAUAUGCUUGUUUGUUUAUUGUCGCGGAGCAAACAGAUGGAGAAAUUACAAUUAAACGGUCAUUACAUAUCUGAAACUAUAUGUCACAAUGAAAGAAGAAAAAUGUGUCUGUUAGGGCAGACUUCUUUUUUUUCCUGUGCAAUUAAAGGUGUAUUAGAUUGUAAAAAAAAAAAAAAAAAUUGCCAGAAAACUAGAACAAAAAUAAGCAUUUCUCUUUCAGUAUUUUUACGAUAAUCAUAUGCAAAUAAAUUAUUAAACGGA